AUGCCAACCUUUUUCUUUCGAAGCUCUGAGUUUAAAGGAGCUCCAGGCUUGGAGCUGUCCCGAGUUGUAGCGGCUGCCAUGCAUCUGAGCAUUCCUCUUGUCAUGUACAGUGCCAUGUACAACGGCGUGGUCUUUCAUUGGCUUUCCCAGUAUAUCAAUCUACACGAGCUGUCGGAAGACCGCAAGGCGCUCUACCUUUUCUUGGAUUGCUUUUACUCUGUUCGUUGGGCAAUUGGUGUCCUCAUCAUGCAGGGCGAACUUACUCUGUCACUUGGGAUUAUUGUUGCUUUAAAGCACCUGCUUUGUGAUGAAUUUGGGUACGGUGUAGGAAGCAUGCUGGUCAACUCUUGGGGCACCCGCACGGGCCCAUUGACAACACGAGACUAUACGUGCGCCUUUCUCAUGAUUGUCGCUGGUAUUUUGCAGCAUGGCAGCGAGAUUCAACGUUGGCUUUUCAAGCGCAACCCCAGCAACAAGGGAAAGAUCCAUACUGGCGGUCUCUUCUACUAUGCACGCGGCAUCAAUCACACUGGGCACAUCCUACGAGACAUGGCGCAUGUCCUGAUGGUUCCCAACCUGUUUUUCGUUUUGUUCUACCCUGUGCCGGAUUAUGAUUUGGCUUGCCAGAUUGUCCCUGAAACUCAGAAUCACAUGAAGCAGAAGUACGGGGAGCAGUGGGAAAAGUAUGAAAAGCAGACUCCUUAUGUGUUCCUUCCUGGAUUAUUCUGA